AUGAAUGAUGAAAUAAACCGGAAUAUUCUACAAAGUUCUUCACACUCAGCACAAAAUAAAAUGAGUACUAAAAAUAGUAAUCCUGAAAUGAAUACUGAUAAUGGUAAUAAUAAUAAUACAGUCCCAAAGUAUCAAGGAAGACCUUUAGCUAUCGCUGAAGAAUGGAUUCAAGCAACUGAGGCAAGAUAUGAUUCUAUGGAGAAUUUAUUACAGUCUGUACGUCGGGAUAUUGAUGUCUUAACAGAACGUUUAAAUCAAACAACUCCAACAUCACCUGAAUUAGUUCGAUCACCGAGACCAAACUCGGCAAUGAAGACGACACCACCAGCAACAACAACAACCACACUGAAUGUAGCAAUCAAGUCAUCAAGACCAACACCUCCACCAAUUCCAUCCUCAACUUCAUUGAAUCGCAAAGAUGUCAUGGAUAAUUAUAAAUGUAUGGAUGAAGAACCAAUGUUAUUACUGACUGAUAAAGAUGAAUUUAUGGAUAUACAUAUACGAUCUGCAAGAGAAAAUGUUGACUUUGAUAAUGAAGAGAAAUUAUUAGAUUGUGAUUUUGUACAUCAAGUUGCUGAUGCCAGUACAACUACUAAUGACGGCGAUAAUAAUAAUAACAAUGCUGAGGAAAAAUAUCUACAGAAAACUUGGCGAUCGCCAUCAGAUUUUAGUCUACAUGAUCCAUUCUAUGAUAAAUCCUUUACAGAUGUAAAUAUGCACAGUAAAGAACGAGGAGGUGACGAGGAUGGCGAAGAUGAGGAUGAUGAUGAAAUAAUUCGAUAUAACUUUAAUUCACAUAAUCAUCAAUCAAUUAUUGAAACUGAUCUAGAUGAUUAUAAACCUGAACAUCAAGAGAAUAGUAAUACUGAAUCAGAAAGUAGUAGUCUGUCACCAGCUAUUUCACCAACAUUUAGUAAUUAUGUUUCAGAUGAAGUGAAAUUACGCAAUAUCAUUAUAUCAAAUGAUGAUACAAUAACAUUCCCAAUUAGUGCUAAUUAUUCACGAAGUAGUAACAAUAAUAACAGUGAGGAAAUUGAGGAUAAUAUUCGUAGUAAUACUAAUGCUAAUAAUGUAUCAUUAAAUAGUGAAGAUUUUCAACUCUAUGAUAAUGGACAUUCAUUGACAACAAUCGAUGAAGCUUCAGAAGAAAAUGAUGAUGACUGGUCAUCAUCAGAACAUGAUUCACCAGUGAAUCAUAGUACGCAUUAUACAACAACAACAACUACUACUACUACAGAACAACAACAAGUAUUAUUAAAAGAGAAUAAUUCUAAGGCGGCAUACAAGUUAAUACCUGACUAUAGUCGAAAUAAUCAAUUAUUGACAAAUCAAUCGAUAAAUGAAGAAUUUAAAUUAUCAUCAUCUAAUAAUGCUAAUAAUAAUAAUAUUACAGAAACUGGUGAAUACACCGAUCUUGACAAUACAUUAAAGCACAAAGUCAGUGAUACUGUCAGUGAUAAUAACUACAGUGAAUCAUUUGUAUUUCAUGAGAAAGAUAUCACUAUAAGUGAUUCUGGAUUGCAAACACCUGAGGUUAUUAUAUUACGACGUAAAAAAGCAGGUAAUUCAACUGUAAAUAGUGAGAAUUGUAAAAAACAACGUCCACUUUCCGCUGAUAUAUUACACACUAUUACUACGACUAGUACUUCUACUGUUUCCACGAGUGUUUCGACUACAGAUACGCCAAUCAUUAGUAAUAAGAAUAAUAAAAGCUUAGAGAAAUCACAUUCAGGUUCUUUAGUAUCCAUGUUAUCAACAAUAAGUCAAGAGAGUGUUAUCAGUGAAGUCGACUCCUAUGUAACUGUAUGUAGUCGAUUAGCUGGAACAGGUAGUGAAGAAGCCUAUACAACUGCACAAAGUGAUUCUGAUGGAUUUAUUGAUCGUACAUUAUAUGCAGAUGUACAAACAGAUAAUGAUGAUUGUCAGACAUUAUCACGUAAAAAACCGAAAACAUCAACAUCAUCUCAUUAUCGUAAUAAUAAUCAUAAGUAUAAAAUUGAUUUAAGUCAUGAUGAUACAGAUAGUCAAUCAGCAUCUGAUAUUGAAAAUGAUCAUGUAGGCGAUGAAGGCGAAGAAAUUGGAAAUGUUAUUGUUUAUGAAUCGAAAAAAUCUACGCCAACAUCAGUAACUGUUGUAACACCGAAAUUUAUUAAAUUACCAACAAAACUUAUUGCAUGCUCUAGCGAAUUAGGUAAUAAUGAUAAUGAUGAUGAAAAUGAUGGUGAUGAUGAUUAUGAUGAUAAAAAAGCUUUACAAGGAGAAAAUUUAUGUCAUGGGGAUAAUAAUAUAAUAAAAAAUAGAAAAAUCGAUAAGAAAUAUGAAGAAUUAUCAGUUAUUGUACAAAAUGUAUCGAGUGAAAAUCAAGAUAAUAACAAAAUGGUGAAUAGGCAAGUUUCUUCAACUCUUUCUAAACGUAUUGCAUUAAAACGACCAAAUCGUCGAACCAAUACAGCAAAAGGUAUACCACUAGAAGUAUCAAACACUUCUGAUUCAGACAAUGAAUAUGAUGACUCAGCACCGAAUUCACCUCCUUCAUCUCCUUCGUCUACUUCUUCAUCCAAUUCCGAUGAAUUAAAUGAAGCUCACUAUGACACUUCACAAUCAGAAUUAUGGAUGGAUAUAAAUUACAAACAACUAGGCGGUAUUAUUCAACCCAACAGUGUAUAUCGACCAAAUUUAUAUUCUGUACCAAGUGAAACUAAAAAGAAACGAUUAUCAAAAAUUGUUGAAUCAAGUCAAGGUUCAUUAAACGAUGCUGACGAUGAUGAUAAUGAUGAUGAGGAUAAUGAGAAUGAGAAUGAUUAUAAUAAUAAUAAAGAAUCUCAUUCAAAUCAAACUACCGAUUCUAAUUUUCUUACUAUUACUAAUGUAAAUAAUGAGGUGAAUACUUCAUCUUCAAAUUCAUUAAGAAGAGAAGAAGCUGUAGUUGUAGUACCUAAAUUCUCUAAUACAAAUUUACCACCACUACCCACAAAUAUAUUUAAAUCUGAUACGUUUAAACAAGAAUUGAUCAAUAAGAAUACAAGGGCGUUGACUCAAUCUGAUUAUUCAUUGGUUAAAAAUAAUGAACCAGUCACACCCGGUGUACAGCAUACCAAAGACAAUGAUAAUGACAGUAUUACUGUCAAUGAUCAAAGUAAUAAACCUAUACCAAUUAGUUGUUUAAAUAAUUAUAAAGAAGACAGUGAAAAACUACAAUUGGAAAUAAUAGAUAAAGAUGGGAAAAUAUCUAUUAAAAAUAAUCAGAAUGAAAAUUCCGCCAGUGAAUAUGUGAAAAAUUCAAAUGAUCCUAUAAGUGAAAAUACUGAAUUGUCUAAAUCAAAUGAAAAUAUAUUGAGGAAUAAACUAACUAAAGAAAAAGAAUCUGCUGAUAAAGAUACUAGUGGAAAUCAAAACAAAACAAUGUAUCAUAAUAAUAUGAGACUACCUCAAUCAACCUCAACAUCAACAAAACAAUACAACAAAAAUGAACUUUUUUUCCCAAAACAUGUAAACACGAAUGAUUAUCAAUCGCCAUCAACGGAAGAGAAAACCGGUUACAGACAAAAUGGACACAACCAAGUCAGUCAGCAUCCUAAUUCGUCAAACAUCUACUCAUCAAAUAUAUACGAUAACAGUGUAACAGGAUCAUCAUCAUCAUACAGAGACGAUAAAUUGCAAACAACCUAUCCAAAAUCCUAUCAUACUGAAUAUAGCGGUAAUUCACAGCCUCAGGAUGGUACAUCUAUGAGGCCAGAAAGCCGUACGCUACACAUAAGGGAUGAAACAAACCUAAAAAAGCCAUAUGAUGUUCAUACAGUAUAUUACAAUGAAACUAUUUAUGACAAUGAAUUAAAUGAAUGUAAUAAAUCCAGUAAAUCGUUUCCCCAUACUAAAAAUCAACCACCAACAGCAAUAUCCCCAUCAUCAUCAAUUUUGGCUAAAUCACCAUUUAUUGUAGAAGAUCGUUCAAGGCAUUCUAACAGUCGGAGUCAUUUAUUCCAAGAAAAAGAAGUUUCAACCAAUUCAAUGCCAUUUGUAACCGUAGAAGAAAUUACAUCACAUCGUAAAUAUCAACAUCAAAAUCAACCGCAUUCUGAAACAUUAAAUAUUAAACAAGAUGAUAUUCAAUUGGCAUCACAGAGAAAAAGUCGUAUUCUACAAGGGGACGGAAGUGAUUUAAAUUAUCCAAAUAAUGAUUCCAUAAGAUAUAUACCAGGCCCGCUGCUACCUGAUAUCCAAAUGCCACAGAAAACUUAUAUUGAAAGUCAAUCAGUAACAACGCUAGAUAAAAAUGCUCAAAGUUAUAAAGGGAAUGAGACUACAGUAACAGAUUUAACUGGAAUUGGUAAUGAUGAGGAGACUUACAAUUAUCAUUCAUACGAAUCUGUAACAGUUAAAGAUGAGACACACAAAUCAAUAAUUAAGCCUGAUGAGGCUAAUAAAAGUUCGCAAGAAAAUACUUACCCAAUAUUACCGUCUCCUAACUAUAAAACAGAUACGAACUACAAUGUAAUAAGUGACGAAUCUUUUAAAGUAAAUGCACCAACGAAAAACCUCCAAUCCUCCUCCAGUCAUACUCCUUCUACAAAAGUAACUCAAAAACCUGCUGAAUUUGUGUAUAGACAAAGACAAAUGAGUCCAAGUCCACCUAGACAUCGACAUAUUCUUUCGUCUAGUUCACUUACAUCAAAACCUCCAUCCCAGUAUAUUCAACGAACAAAAUGGCAUUUAAAACCAAUACCAACUGAUGAAGAAAUACGUGAAAGACUAAGAAGUUCUAGUCGUAAAAGAUUUGAAGAACGUAAAUCUCGUUCCAUACAAAAUCCUCAACCAACAACAACAUAUCGUCCGCGUAGUUCACGUUCAGAUUCACGUUAUCGAUUCACAGAUUUAGAUUCGGCUAUUGCUGAAUCAAAACUUGAUACAAAUGAAGCUAUAUACCAGAUGAAUACAGAAAGUGAUUCACAUUCAGAAGCAAGACAAUCGGCUUCAUUAUUUGAUUUAGACGCACAAAUUCAUAAAUCGUAUACACCAAUUAUACCAAGUUAUCAACAUCAUACUGAAGUUUAUCAUACAAUAAAUCAAACAGAUCAAUUAUCAAUGAAAAAGUUUCUUGGUGAUACAAAAUCUUACAGUUCUUUAUUAGAAACUGAUAUUGAUACUGGAGAGAAUUUUAAACGACCAGUAAUCCUUGAAACAGACCUAGAUAAGUUGAAUACACAAAUAAACGAUGGUUCAUUUGAUGCUGCUCUAGUUGAUACCUAUCAAGAUAGAACACGUAGUCUGUAUAAUUUGACUUUCACCCACACACCUGGUGCAUUUCGUCGACAAAGAUCAAAUGAUAUAAAUGGGGAUAGUAAAAUCCAGCCUAAUGAAAUUGAAUUAAUUCAAUCCCCUGAUGGUCAACAAUGGGAAAAGGCUAAGAGUUAUCAAGGUCUUACUAAUGAUAAAGGAGAAAAUGACUCCCCAAAACCACAAUCACAAUUUGAAGUAGUAAAGAGUAAAAGAAAGGCAGCAAACAGUGGUGCACAAGGUUUAAUUGAUCGUUUAAAAGAGAAAGCACGUUCAACGCAUGAAUUACGUGUUGCUCAAUCAUUAACAAAAUUACAUAUUCCUGAAUGGUUGGAUAAAGCAAAUUGUUUACAAACAUCUGAUAUCAUAACACUGACAGCUAAAGAACAUUAUCCAAGUGAAUAUAGAGCACAGGUUAGACAACCAAUUCAAAGAUACUACACCAAUACAACAUAUACACCUCGCUCGACAAAAUCAGUCCUAUCAUCCCUCAGGUCAUUGUCUAGUACAAGUAAACCCGGUGAUAAUAAUAAUAUUACAUAUUCAAGUAUAGGCAAUACAUCAUUGUAUAAAAAAAUAGAAACAGUAGCUGAACCAGUAUGGCCAAAAUCAUCAGAUAGUACACAUCCACCAAAUUUUAUACGACCAAGUCAAUUAAUACGACAAAAAUCUGCACAAAAUAAUAAUUUACGUCCUAUUCAAUCAAAAUUAAAUAAUUCAAUGCGUUCAUUAAGUGCACAAAGAUUUAAAACUGAUGAAAGACAAGAUGAUAUACGACCACAAGUAGCACCAAGACAGAAUCGAACUAUUGGACAAGGUAAAUUGAUUGAAUUAAAUCCACAAGAUUUUAUACCAAAAUAUGAACAAAGAUGGGGUAAAGAUAAAUUGAAUACACUGCAUCAUAGACUUGAUAGAGCUACAACUGAACCUUUAGAAAAAUCUAAUCCUCCUGACCAAUCAACAUAUUUAAAUUAUUCUAAAUUAAAUAGUACACAGUAUACUACUACUACUAAUACAACAACUAAGAUCAAUUUAAUAUCUUCACCAACUACUGAAAAGCAAGUAUAUGAUGCUUAUUCAAAAAACACAACUACAUCAUUUUCUGAUAUAAAAGAUGCUGAUCAUGAUUCAGGAACAGAAAAUUCCAAUGAGCGUCAAAUGUUGUCACCAGAACAUGAUAUGAUAAAAAAAAGUAAUAUCCAACAUGAAAAUAUUACUUCAAAUAUAUCAGUUAAAUCGAACUACUUUACAAAAAAUGAUAAUCAAAAGGUAGAGUAUUCAAAAUUAAAGAAUGACAUCGAAAAUGAAACUCGUCUUAGCUUAGAUCAUUCUGAAGGUAAAGAAUCUUCUGAAAUCAUAAAUGUACCAGAUAAAAUUUAUGCUGAUAGUGAAUUUCAUUCUGUAGACGCUGAAGGUGAAACAGAAUCUGAAGUAACCGAUGGAUUUGAUCAGAUAUCUGAUUUAACUUGUUUAACUUCCCUGCUUGAUACAUGUUCAUCAAGACAUCGUAGUCUACUUGCAAAUAGACCAUCAGCACUUGAACAUCUUUUAGUAAGUGUUGGCUGGUGGCCUGUACAUCCAGAUGCUGAACAUCAUUAUCUUCCUCCUACGGCAGCUGAAGCUAUUUCUAUAGCAGCGCAUGAAUUCGAUGUUAAAGAAGAUUCUCAUCGUUAUGAAUACUUUCAACUUAUUUCUGGACCGCAUAGUUUUAAACCAUUAAACUUAGGAGAAUUUGGAUUGAAUCAAUUAUCUAGUACUAUUGUACGUCAUCCAGUAGAUGGUUUAUUGUAUAUUAGUUGCAGUAAAUCAACAUGUUCAACAAAGCCAGUGCCAGUCUCUCAAGCCUCUAGAUGGUGUGCUUGUGCUAACUGUUUUACACUAUAUUGUUCAAAUAAGUGUAGAGAAGAAUGUGAGAAAAAUGCCAAUGAUCACCCUAUGAAUUGUUCAUUUUCUAGAGCUAAACGAGUUUGCAACCGUUUAUUAAGAAAUCUUGCUCCUGGUCAGAUCACAGGUCUUACCGCCCUGGCUAAAACUGGAAUGGCACGUCUUGGAAGAGGUGGAAUCCUCUUACCAUUUGCCUUAAUUAGACAUGCUGAAAUAUUUUUACAGCGUUCACUUGAACAUUCAUUUGUGAAUGAACAAUUGAAUGAUGCAUCUAUGGAGAAAGCAGUUCAAAAAUGGGAGAAAUUUCAUCAACCAAGUCCUGGAGGCUUAAUGGCCCCACCAACUUAUUUAACACUUAGUGAAUUAGAAGAGUUAGACUCAAGUAUUGCUAAUCCUUGUAGAUCAUAUAAUCCUGCAUCAAGUAUGGUGUUAAUUGUUGUCAUUUGUGCAUAUGAAUUAAUUGCUCGAUCCGAUGGUCGACCAGUACAUUUAUUUAAGCAAAGUUUAAUUCUACCUUUUCCAUCACAUCAAAAUGUAAGAAACAAAAAUGAAGGAGGAAAUGCAUCGCAGAAUACUCAAGUAACUGAAAAUCCACAACCACCGUCAUCAUCAUCAGCAACAGCAGCAGCACUUCAAACAAACGGUGCUCCAAAUAAAUCUGACAAACAAGCAAUGGCUGCCAGAGAGGCGUAUAUGCUAAGAUUACAACGUAUGCUUCGUGAAAGAGGUGUAAGUCUGAGACAUCAUUAUCCAGAGAUUUAUACAAAAAUUGCUCAUUUCGUUGAAACUGGUAUCCCAUUCACUUCAAUACGUAUUACAUUUGAUGAUUUUCUCCUACAACAACAAGUUAAUUGUAUCAUUCAACCAAUGAAAAAUUUGUACAUAGAACCAGUUAAUAAAAAUUAUGAUGUUGAACAAAAAAACCUCAUUGAAACAGAAAAACCAUCAACUAAUUUACAAUCAAAACAUGUAAAAAGUUCAAAAUCUUUUGAAAAAUCUAUAAUUAACCGCCAAAGACUAACUGAAACUAAUUUCUAAUGAAUAAAUAACUUCUCUCCUACCCCACGCACCCACCCUCCCAUAUAUGAAUAAUUUCAUUGUUUAAUUUGUUUAUUUGUUCCUUUCGUUUUUUUUGAAAAAAAUUUUUUUUAUUUUACGAUAUUCUUAACAGUUUUAUUGUUUACAUAAUGAUGAUUCUUCCCUUCAAACUACCUAUUCAUCCGUGUAAUUAUAAUAGAAAAAUCUACUUCAAGAUCAGCUGGCUUAAUGCCUCAGUGUAGAGUAAUAAUACUUGUUCAAUGUUCAAGAGGAAUAACAUUCACUAUUGAAAAUACAAAAGAACAAUCAAACAAACAAACAUACAAACAAACUGAAAAUGCAGAAAGUGUAUUUAAAGCAGACUACUUUACAUCUUUUUCUAAAGAAUUUUAACUAUCAGAGUAGUUAUUACUUUUGUUCAUGUGUUGUUUUACUGAAGUGUUAUUGUAUCCACCAGCCCCUCCCGCGUCUGUUUCUCUCUCCCUCUCUCCCUCCCUAUUUAUUGUUCAUAUUGUAAGUAAUUUCUCUUGACAGUUGAAUAUGAAUAAGUUAUUGUUUAUUUGUUUGUUCGUUUUUAUUGCCCUCACUGUUUAUCAUAUAACUAGUGCUUCCACGAUAAUUAAGUAAGAAUUUUAAAUGCAUAUAUACAUACAUACAUAUAUAUCUAUUGAUGUCAUUGGAGCAUUCAAAUAGGAUACAUUUGUUUGCCUUUUCAGUUGUCCUCUAAUCUAUUUUACCCUAUUGUUUGUUUGUUUGUUUGUUUUACCCUAUUUUCUAAAAUAGUUAGUCAAUAAAAGUCAAGGAAAAAAUGUAUUGUAAUGCAAUUGUAAAUAUAAUAUUCAAUAUAUAUACAUAAGUAUUGCUUGUCCGUUUUUUUGUUUUUGCAGUUAAGUACAAGUUUACAAGAAGUAAAUUACAGUACAUUUAACUUUAGUUUUAUUCACUUGCUAGUUCUUUCACUCUUUUUUUUUGAAAAAAAUAAUCUAUUCUCAGUUGAAAGAAAACAACUUUUUUUAUCCUUUCGCUGUAUACUACUUAAAUAUUGGGCUCAAUAGUUUUUGGAAAAAACGAGGCUUAAUUCGUAUAAAUUCGAUUCAGUGAAACAUCACAUUUUUUUUCUUUCUUUUUUUUUUUAAAAAAAUGUCUGUACUUUUGAAUUGUCUUUUGAAUCAUUUUCUUUUCAACCACUUAACAGGCUUUUUUUCGAAUAAUUUCUCUUCCCAUUUUUUUAAAAAAUUUCUUUCGAUUUGUUAUUGCAUUUUACUCUUGUUUUAAUUAAGUUGUGUAAUUAUAUUGAUUGAAAUUUGAUAAAAAAAAGCAAAUGGUUAUUUACAUGUUUACAUUUCUCUAUCCAUUUCUGCAUACAACGUUUACUUUAUCUUCACUUGUUUCCUUCUUUAGUUGCUUCCUUCUUCAGGUAGACUUGAAAUUAAAUGGGUAGGAAAGUAAAAUUCCAUUUUUACUUGAUCAUAAUCACAUCAGUUACACAAUUAACCAGAAUAUUUACAUGCCCACAUCCACACCUGCCCACACACACACACAAAUAAACAACGAAUAGAACUAUAACUUUUUCAUUCAGUACUCAGAAGGUGUAAGUAAAAUGCCUUAUGUUGAACAAUUUUUCUUCAUCCUAAUACUAACAUGAUUAUUUCAAGGUGAAUUUUCAAAUGUUUUUAUACUAUUGGAGCUGAUAUUAAUGAUGAUGAUAAUGACAAUAAUAAUA